AUGACGUCAGAGAAAACUAAAUCAUCCAUGGUGGCCGGCGCCGGAAACCUUCACGUCGUCUUCCUCCCUUUUUUUGCUUUAAGCCACAUCAUCCCUUUGGUCCACGUCGCCAGGCUCUUUGCCUCCCGUGGCGUUCGCUCCACCAUCAUCACCACCGUUCACAAUGCUCUCAUAUUCAAAUCCUCCGUCGAUCGUGACAUAUUCGUCGGAUUCCCAAUCGCCGUUCAGACCAUCAACUUUCCAGCAUCGGAGGUCGGAGUGCCCAUCGGAAUAGAAAAUUUCAACACUGCCACUACUCUAGAAACCGCAUCCAAAGUCUAUCAUGGCAUGAUGCUGCUCCAGAAGACAAUUGAACAAGUGAUUCGUGAUCUUGCUGCAGAUUGCAUCUUCUCCGACAUGUUCUUCCCGUGGACAGUUGACCUUGCCGACGAGCUCAAUAUCCCGAGACUGUUGUUUUACCCUUCGUGUUUCCUUUACCACUCUGUUUUCCACAGCUUGAAAGUUCAUAAACCUCACGAGAAUGUGAAAUCUGAAUCAGAAAGCUUUGUGGUCCCCAAUUUACCCGAUAAAAUCACGAUGAAGAGGUCUCAGGUUUCAGACCAUUUCAAGUUCAAGAACCAAUGGGGCGAGAUGAUUGAAACGAUUCAACAAUCGGAGAAGCGAAGUUACGGAUUAGUCCACAACACGUUUUACGAGAUCGAACCAGCUUAUGCCGAUCACAUGAAGAAGAUUAAAGGUACGAAAAUCUGGCAUAUUGGUCCACUUUUUCAGUUUUUCAUUCGCGAGGGUUCAUCGGAGAAGAAGCACAGUUGUCUGAGUUGGCUUGACGAUCAAACACCGAAAUCGGUGAUAUUCGUUUGUUUUGGAAGUUUGGUGAAAUUCCCAGAAGCUCAGAUCACUGAAAUAGCAUUGGCGCUUGAAGAAUCUAAGCAGCCGUUUAUUUGGGUGGUGAGGAAAGGGGAAGAGGAAGUGAUCGGUGGGUUGCCGGAAGGUUUUGAGGAGAGGAUUGGAAGGGAAAACAAGGGUUUGAUAAUGACGGGAUGGGCUCCGCAGGUGGAGAUAUUACAACACCCGUCGAUCGGAGGGUUCUUGAGCCACUGCGGUUGGAACUCGGUGCUUGAAGCUAUGGUGACCGGAGUGCCAUUGAUGACAUGGCCGUUGUACGCCGAGCACUUUUACAACGAGAAGCUGGUGGAGCUUUUAGGGAUUGGAGUCGGAGUAGGGGCGGAGGUUUGGAACUCGGGUUCUGAGAUCACUAGCCCAAUCAUCGGAAAACGGAAUAUAGUUGAGGCUAUUGAGAUAUUGACAGGUGGAUCCGCCAUAGCUGAAAGUAUCAGAUGCAGCUCAAAAGAGGUGGCAAUGAAAGCCAAACAAGUUGUUGAAGAAGGUGGCUCUUCUCUCAACAAUUUAAAGGCUUUGAUAGAAGAACUGACGGCCAUUAAAUCGGGCCCAAAGCCAUGA